AUGAGAGUUUCAGUAGACGGGUUCUCGAGGGAAAAGUGUGGGACGUCCCCUCUCUGGUGGAACGAUGAGCUGAGAAAGGUCGCCGGUUAUGGCUGGAUGAGGAAAGCGGAAAGUCAUGCCCUGGAGCGGCGCCUUGAGGAGGACUACGAGAUCACAAAAGAGCAGUCUUGGCGUUUUAAUGAGCUCCCUGCAUACUAUUCAGCAUUUGACAUUGCGAAGUCUGCGAGAGACGCGGUGAAUUUAAGCUUUCGCCGCGACAAAGUUCCAUCUCGUAAUAAAGCUGAAAGCAAAUGGGACCCGGUCGCAUCCGCGGCGUCAAACUCGUCCAAUUACACU